UAUCUCACCUAAACCUCCCCCAGUCCAAUUAUCACACAUUUUUAUUUCUCAGUAUUAUUUAUUCUUCCAAACCCUGCGCCCCGAGCAGUGCUGCAGGAACACCACGGCUUGCAUCCUGUAAGAUGUCAGAUACAGAUGAGCAGCAUGCAGCCUGUGAGAAAGGCACCUUGGCGUUUGAGCUGGUGCUCCAGCACAGACAUGUUGGAACUGCUACUUUCUUCUAUCAUGAAUCCCGAUGUCAGGCUCUGUAUUCGUGGUUUUGUACAUCUCUUACCUUAGAAAGUGAUUCCUGGGGUAUAGCAGCACCUGUGAGAAUCUCCCCGCCCCCAAAGAUUGCCAGUGCCCCACUAGUUUCAUUUUAGAACAUCAGAUCUUCUGUAAUUUCAGCCUCUCAGAAAUCCAGAAUCAAAAAACCCAACCCAACAAAACACAGAUGCCUUCAUAAAUGUUAAUGGCAUUUUCCGUUCAGUCUCCAAAAGAGAGUUUGAUUUUGCUUUUAGAAUAAUAUUGCCCUCCUGUGGUCAAAUAACAGUAACUCCGCAAACUAUUGCCAAAGGUCUGCGUGCUCGUCCUUCAAACAGGCUGAAUUAUUUUAUGUGCAGAUACGAUUUAGUGAAACAAAAGCCUUUUCUCGGAUUACUAGCUCUUAGUGUUCACCGUUACAGGUUUAGCCAUCUAACCUGAUUCACCCCUUCAUGCUGUGGUGGGAUCGGCUCAUCGGAAUGAUUCACCGAUGUUACUUUGAUACGGAGACAGGAUUUUCACACUGGAGUCUGGGGACUCUCAACACAAGACACCUUUGUUACUUCUGAGGUCUCGAGGUCAGCUGCCCGAUUGCAGAUACCACCGUAACCUGCACAAUACAGACAGACCUGUGCUUGCUCCGAUGGGUGCUCGUGAAUUUUAGAGAGAUGCUUCUGGAAACAACACUGCUCAGCUCCAGUAGGAGAGGAUUGCUUCUAAACAACUCACGCCUGCUGUGUCGUGUCUGGAGUCGGAGCUGAGCGGAGCCGCCGGCAGGGCACGUGUGACAGGAGCCGCAGUUGCAGUGCUGCGAGAGUACGAGGACAAAGAGACCUCUGGACUCCUGAGCUCUCCCAGAAGAAGACAGCCACUGGCCUUGCACUGAAACACAUCCAUUUACUAGAGGGAGGAUUAACUCUCUCAGGUUGGAGGGUGCCAGUGGCUCCAGCUCUUGAGGCCUUGCCAGUGUUGGCAGAACGUGUCCAAGCCCACCCCACCGAGCCGAUUGACUCAGCCUGGCCACCCUGUGCAGCAUGUCCCUCCGCGAGCACGCACUGUCCCUCUUCCGCAGUGCAGUGGGCACUGUCCGGCCAGCUUCAAUGCUGAAGAGGGCUUUGAAGCUCCAGGAAGAUGGGUGCCCUCAGCUGCUGGUGGAGGGCAGGGCCUUCCCAGUGAAGAGGAACCUGUACCUGGUAGGUUUUGGCAAAGCUGUGCUGGGGAUGGCCGCGGCAGCAGAAGAGAUCCUGGGAGACCACCUCGUUCAGGGGAUCAUCAAUGUGCCACUGGGCAUCCAGGAGAGCCUGCAGCGAGCAGGAAUGAAGGAGAUGCUGCUGAAGCCACACAGCAAAAUCCAGGUCAUCGAAGGUGCAAAGAACAACCUCCCGGAUGCAGAGGCUCUGAAGGGAGCAGUUGCCAUCCAGGAACUGGCAGAGGGUCUGACUGCAGAUGACCUGCUCCUUGUGCUCAUCUCAGGAGGUGGAUCAGCCCUACUGCCUGCUCCCAUUCCUCCCAUCCUCCUCAAAGAGAAGGAGAAACUCACAAAGAUGCUGGCUUCCCAAGGAGCUGCCAUACAGGAGCUGAACAUUGUCCGGAAGACUCUGUCCUUGCUGAAGGGUGGAGGGCUGGCCCAACUCUCAUAUCCUGCACAGGUAGUGAGCCUCAUCCUUUCUGAUGUGAUUGGUGACCCCCUGGACAUCAUAGCGAGCGGCCCCACUGCUGCCAGCACCCACACUGUCCAAGACUGCCUUCAGAUACUCACCAAAUACAACCUGCUGUGCAAUCUGCCCAAGUCAGUGGAAACAGUCCUGUCCAGCUCUCCCACCAAGCCCACUGCUCCAGAAGACUUCUCCCACGUUUGCAACAUCGUCAUCGGCUCAAACAGCCUGGCUCUAGACAAGGCCAAACGCCAAGCUGAGGGCCUGGGCUACACCACGCUGGUUCUGAGCGCGGCAAUCUGCGGGGACGUUGGCCGUGUUGCCACGCUGUACUGCCAGCUCAUCCGGCUGCUCUGCCUGGGCUUUGCUGGCCUUGGAGAAGGGCCCCAGAGUGACGAGGUGAGGCAGAAUCUCCUGCAGCUGGUGGCAGAGCUACAGAUCCCAGGUUUGGACCUUGCCGAAUUUCUACAGGCCCUGCGAGGAUUAGCGUCUAAAACACCAGUGUGCAUCCUGGCCGGCGGAGAAACCACAGUCCAGCUCCAAGGAACUGGUAAGGGAGGGAGGAACCAGGAGCUGGUCCUGCAUGUGGGGCUGCAGCUGCACAGGGCACAGGCCAUGCAAGCCAGCAGCUCCCCAGGGAGGUGUGAGAUCAUCUUCCUCAGCGCUGGAACAGACGGGCAGGAUGGGCCGACGGAGGCAGCAGGAGCCUUCUGCAGCCCAGAGCUGGUGACUGAGGCACUGCAGGAGGGCCUUGAUGUGGAGGCUUUCCUCAGCAACAACGACUCCUAUACCUUCUUCAGCCAGUUCCAACGUGGGCGUCACCUCCUGGUGACAGGCUUGACAGGCACCAAUGUCAUGGACAUCCAGGCCAUUUUAAUUAGAGCCACGGAGAGAUCCUAAGAGCUCCCUCUGCAGAUAUCCAGAUGCAUUUAAUUAGGACCAGGGGUAAAGGAAGGCAUCAACACUGCAGACAAAUGUAAACUUAAAUUAGGGCUCGCUUUUGAGGGUGCUACUAUCUUUGACAGAAAUAGUCCACUAAUUAGGCACAGGAGUGGAUGUCCACCGCAAAAGCAAGCACUUGUAAUUGGGAUCAGAGGGAGAUAAGAGGUCACAUUACGGACAUGGAGGCCGGAUUUAACACUACUGCUGAGAACCACCACUCUUGUGACUGCUUCAACUGUAGUUAAAUGAUGUGAGGAAAUCCAGGCCAUGGUAGGGCUGCCAGGGAGAGCCCUCACUGCGGCUGUUGCACCUCAAGAGCAGCUCAGCAGUGGGCUUGUGCAGGUUCACAGAAGUGCACUACAGCAACCAAAGGAUGUAAAAGCAAUGGCAAAGCCUGCCCAGCUCAAGGCAAGGAGGUGCUGGGGGAACAUGGUGGGAAGAGGACACCCAGCACCCACUCCAGUGCCCUGCAGCUCCUCCCGCACCAGCAUACCUCACAGAGACCUCAAACCCAGCAUGAUGCAUGCCAAGCAGUGUAGCUAAGGGGCACGUUGGCAGAGAAGUGUUUGGUACUGGACACAUGGCAAAAGCAGCGACAGAGGGUGGUGUACCUUCACUGGGCAGCAUAAGGAUGGGGAUGGCCGAGGUGCAGCGGUGAAGCCAGCUGAGUGGGGUCCUCCUUCUCCAGCCUCCUUCCCUCCGCAAGGACAUCUUCCCUGCUGAUCCCUGUUGGGAGAGCCUCCGUGCCAGCAGCAUGUGUGCUGUGAGCUUCCACGGUCUUGUUUUCCAACUGCCUAGAAAAUAGUCAUGCAUCCAGCCUGAGCCACUGACCUUUCUUCUGCGCUGAGGCAGAAGUCGCUGUCACUCUGAUUAACUCUGCUAAUUCCACAGAACAAAAGGCAAGGAAACCUUCACGCUCAGCUCUCCUGACCCAUGCUGCUGAGCUGAUCAAAGGGCAAAGCUGCUGGAGCUGUGCUCUGACAGGGAGCCGCUCCCCCGCAUGUAUAAGGAUGAGGUGGUUAUCACAGUUUCAUCACCUACUGCAGCACAUAUGUGGGAGAGCAGAGAUGAGCUGGGUUUCCCAGGACAUGGAGCCCACAGUGGGGCUGGAUUUCAGAAGGGUUCUGCCUGUAGCAACAGGCACAGUGAUGGUUUUGGCUGGAUAUUCAAAGGACUUCAGCUCAGCAGCCAGUAUGACCCAACACGUCCGACUCUGAAUGUCUGCCUGAUUGUUACAGAGCCUAAGCGGGAGCUGAGCUCCUUUGAAAAUCCAGCCCUAAUUUAAUAGGACACGCUUGACUCAGACUCUUUGCAGACUCUGUGUGGCUGAUCUCAUCUCGUGACAUAAAUACACUGUCGCGCCAACACUGUGAGUCGUGGUGUCUCACUGCAGUCGUUCUGCGCCCUGCUCCAAGAUGGAUCGGAGGGUGGAUUUGAGGAGGAUGCAACACCUCCUGCUUUGGUUUCGAAGCCAAUCUCUAACAAGUAGGGAUAUCAGCAGGACCAUCAUGGGGCCUGGUAUCGAUGCCAGGCUGGCAGCUGGACUGUCUGGGCCACAGCCCAGGCGCAGUGUCAAGGCACAGGCCUGGGGAUUUCAAAACCCUGGUCUUAUCCCGGUGAGUUAAACUCAUCCACACAUCUCAUUUGUCCUGUGAGUCUGAAGGUCUUCUGUAGCAUGCCUGAACUUGCUCAUGCUGGCAAACAGCUCUGAGAUCUGCUGGGGAAAACCUGCCAAGUGUGAUAGAACUCGCUGUGCCCCUGUGAUGUCAGGUGGUGGUUGCGCAGGAGAAACUGCUUUGUGCUGUGUGUUUUUCUCCAGAGGUUGCUGGCAGGUCACCUCCUCCAUGCCCAGCAUGCCAGCACCGUGGGGCACUAACAUGUGCACUGAUACAGCCAAAAAAUACGGGCUGCGGCCAGGAUAACAGGCUAAAGCUGGCUCCAAAAUAUUGUUAAUGCUUCCUGUCCAGUUCUGCUCCAGUGAAAUCCAGUGUGACUCCAGUUUUGGGCUGGCAUGCCUGGCACAAGGGUCACUGGCAUCUCCAGCCAGCCUGUGCAUGCUGUCACAGGGCCACCAUACCCUGUGCUCUGUGCCCUGCCUCACUGCUGAGCACUGUGCUGGUCCUUGGAGCUGCUGCUUGUGCUGCAUCGCUUGUCAAGUCCAGAAGACCUUGGGUGCCCGUUUUCUGGCUUCUCCUGGGAAAUGCCUACCACAUGUACCCUGUCCUUCCCUUCAGAACAGUGGCUUUUCUCUAAUGAUUAAAAAGAGUUUGUGCUGGGGAGGAAAAAAGGCUAAUGAAAGGUUUGUUGAAA